AUGCGCAUCCACGAGAGCGGAAUUAACCACAAUUCCGACACACCCACCACACCCAACACAUACGCCAUACCCAGCCCCACCGUCAUUCACUUGCCCGCGCCCAUCAUCACCACCAUCACCGCCUCCUCUGCAGCUGACACCGACACCGUCGACCUCUCAUGCCCAAACUGCCCACGCACGUUAACCUCAUGCAUCGGCCUGGUUGGUCACUUGCGAAUCCAUCGCAUAGAGACUGCAGAACCAGUGCCUGGGGCACCAACCUACACCCACCAAGCUCGACUCAACUGCCCGCACUGUCCUCGCACUUUCAGGCAUCGCAUGGGCCUAUUCAGCCACAUGCGCAUCCAUGACGACCUGCGCGACCAGCAACGACUGCGCGAGAUGCAGGACGCCUGGACUGCUCGCAAAGCUGAGGAGACCCAAAGGUGCGCAGACAGCAACGAAUGGAAGAACGUCUUCUCCGCAAUCAAAGCUGUCUACUGUUCGCCGAUGAAGGGCACUGCUCCUCUCCUCAGCGCUGGCAGAAGUACCAUCCUGACCGAGAAGAAGCAAUUUUUACAGCGAUGGGCCGAGCAUUUCCGACGCAUCCCCAACCGCCCCUCCGCCAUUUCCGACGUCGCCAUGUAACGUUUGACGCAAGUGGAGACCAACGUGGACCUCGACCUCCCGCCAUCUCUCCAGGAGACCAUCAGGGCCCUGCAGCAACUCUCCAGCGGGAAAGCACCCGGAUCGGACGCAAUCCCUGCUGAGGUCUACAAGCACGGCGGUCCCCAACUGAUGGAUCACCUGACUGCCCUCUUCCAGGAGAUGUGGCGUCAAGGUGAAGUCCCACAGGAUUUCGAGGACGCAACCAUCGUACAUCUCUACAAGCGAAAAGGGAAACGCCAAGUCUGCGACAAUCACCGUGGCAUCUCCUUGCUGAACAUAGCCGGGAAGAUCUUCGCUCGCAUCCUCCUUAACCGUCUGAAUAUACAUCUAGAGGAGGGCCUUUUACCGGAAAGCCAGUGCAGCCUCCGCGGGACCACGGACAUCAUCUUCGCCGCCCGUCAACUUCAGGAGAAGUGUCAGGAGAUGCGGACCCACCUAUACUCCACCUUCGUGGAUCCGACGAAAGUCUUUGACACGGUGAAUCGUGAAGGACUGUGGAAGAUCAUGCACAAAUUCAGCUGUUCGGAGCGAUUCGUUCAAAUGAUGCGUCAGUUGCACGAUGUGAUGAUGGCGCGAGUCACAGACAAUGGAGCUGUCUCAGAGGCAUUUGCAGUGACCAACGGAGUCAAGAAGGGCUGCAUCCUGGCGCCUACUCUCUUUAGUCUUAUGUUCUCUGCCAUGCUGACGAACGCCUACCGCGAUGAACCCCCCGGGAUCAGCAUCGCCUACAGGACGAACGGUCACCUCUUGAAUCAACGGCUGAUGCACUUACAAUCGCGCGUAUCCACAACCACCGUUUACGAACUUCUCUUCGCCGACUUCAGCGCCCUGAACACCACCUCAGAGGAGGAGAUGCAACGCAGUAUGGACCUGUUCUCCACCGCCUGCGAGAACUUCGGUCUGGUCAUCAACACGCAGAAAACAGUAGUCAUGCAUUAACCGCCACCCAACACCGUCACUCUCCCAAACGCGCCGCAAAUCAGUUUGAACGGCACCCAACUGCAAGUGGUGGAGAACUUCCCGUACCUGGGCAGUACCCACUCCCGCAACACCAAGAUCGAUGACGAAGUCGCCAACAGGAUCUCGAAAGCCAGUCAAGCCUUCGACCGCCUCCAAAGCACAGUCUGGAAUCGUGAUGAUCUCCAACUGAGCACGAAGCUAAAGGUGUACAAGGCCGUCAUCCUGCCGGCACUGUUGUACGGAGCGGAGACUUGGACGGUGUACACAAAGCAGGCACGCCGACUGAACCACUUCCACCUCAGUUGUCUUUGUCGCAUCCUGAGGCUGAACUGGCAGGGCCGCAUCCCCGACACUGAUGUGCUGGAACGGACGGGAAUCCGUAGUAUCUACACCAUGCUGAGACAAAUGCAGCUGCGUUGGAGCGGCCACCUGGUGCGCAUGGACGACGAGCGACUACACAAACGACUCUUCUACGACGGGUUCUCGCUGCCAAGGUGGUCAAAUUCGUCGAUACAAGGACACCCUGAAGUCCUCCCUGAAGCGCCUGCAAAUCAACCCCACCAACUGGGAGGAGUUCGCACUCGAUCGACCGACCUGGAGAAGGACAGUGAAGACAGGCGCUGCGAUCUACGAAGCCAACCGCAUCGCUGCCGCCAAAGCGAAACGCGAAGCCCGCAAAUCCCAACUGCGCCCAGUCCGCAACGCGGACGCACAACCGCUACCAACGUGUCCUCAAUGUCAAAGGACAUUCCGGGCUCGAAUCGGACUUGUUGGACAUCUUCUGAUCAACUGUACCUCUCGGACCGCACCAUCAGCCGUCCCUCCACCCGCCUCUUCCUCGUCCUCUCUGCCGCCCACUAUAUCAUGUUAUUCUUCUGAACCACCGCUUCCAUCCUCCUCCUCCUCCUCCUCCCCCUCCUCCCCUACUCCUACUCCUCCUCCUCCUCCUGCGCUGUCCCAUCGUCAGCCCCUGUGGCGGCUGUUACUCAAGUCAACAUCACACACAUCCCUGAGACAACAACAGACCCCACCCAACCAACUUCCGACUCCAGAGGUGAGAACCAGAACUACACCUGCCCUCACUGCGACCGCACCUUCACCUCACUCAUCGGCCUGGUCGGCCACUUGCGAAUCCAUCGCACGGAGGCUGGCAAACCAGUGCCUGCAGCACCCAUCUACACGCACCGCACUCGCUUCCACUGCCCACGUUGCCCUCGCACUUUUAAGCAUCUCAUGGACCUAUUCGGCCACAUGCGCAUCCACGAAGACCUGCGGUAGACAAUCGCCGGGUGCACCACACCACCACCACCAUCACACAUCAAGACUUACCUACCGCAAUCACCCAACUGCCACCUACCACGCAAGUGGGAAGCGCACAUUUCGACUCGGUCCGCAUGCGACUUCGCCUGCACGGGCGACUUGAGUCCGAGAUUAUCCUGACACGUCAAGCGUCGUGGAUAGGAAGGCUGCUGGUUGACGUCCCCACUCGGUCCGCGCAGUUCGUCGCGUUGUUUAUGUGCGUUGUGUGGAUUGGCGGACUGGUGGACUGGGAGGCGGGUUGAAACAGCACCCUCCACGGCCCUCUCACGGAAGUGAGGGACACUCCGUUCAACCCCCGUUGAGUGAAAUCCUGAUAUGUGUGUGUGUGUGUGUUUGGGGACCAGGUCGUGCAUGUGGCGCACGCAGGCAUGAUCAGUCGACCAUGCCAGCCACCGCGCCCAUUCCCCACUCCAGUCUGCUGAUCGGCUCGGACAGUGGUUGGAGUGUGGGAAUGGGAAGGGAGAGUGAGGUCGACGACUCAGCGCACCUCCUCCUCACUAUAGACAAUCUGAUGCGCUUGAAGUUAUCAUGUUGCGCUAAAGGUGUGCCUUGGUGGGUCGCCAAAUGACGGGGCAACUUGGAUCUCGCAGUCGGCCCAGUGUUGUGUGUUUGUUCGUAACAAUCGACUGGUUCUCAAAUAGUCAGGCUGCAAUGGAUCCUUCUUAAUGUGGCCUUUAUGGCACUCCCACUGUGUGGAAUCCGAGCCAGGUGUGACGGCACGCUCAGAUACUGUUCCGGCCGCGUUAGCCACCCUUUUGUUGUUAGUUAAAAACCUGGUCAUUUGCUGUGUGGACCAGGAGUUUUGGAGUGGAACGUCAAGGUGCGUGUUUGACCGUGCCAUCCACCUGCGCCCCUCCCCACUUCCGGUCUUCUUGACUGUGUCUUGACACCGGUUCCAGUUGCGGUAUGAGGAAAGAGUGUGGUGGAUGCUGUGCAAGUUUGCAUUCAGUAUAAACUAAUUCACGCACAAAUCACCGUCUUUGUUCUCAUUUUGCUUUGCGUAUACAGUGGACACCUUCAGAAACGACGGUUGAAUUAUCGUGUUUAUGUGCUGACUUUUGUGUUCUAGCUUUGCGCACGGGGUUACCCAAUGCCGGGAGUCCGCAAGCGCAGUGGUUCCAUACGCGGAACACAACUAUCCGGCGCGAACGCUGAACCCUUGGAAACUCUUUCUGCAAGCCUUCAUGCCUCUUAGGAUCGAAAAUAUUCCUACUAUCUCGUUAGCAACAACCGGACACUCCAGUCGCAGGCGGAAGAUUGCGCUUCUUUGAUGGGUAAGUCAAGGACCAUGCAGGCGCCCGACGAAGAAAAGUCGAAGGCCGGUACCUAUAGUGGCCCUACUCCGAGCGCGUGUCACAACGCUUGACCUCUCGCGAGUGUUUGCAUGUACGCACCAGGGUUGUCUGGCGUUCGCCCACUCGGAAUUCCAACUGGCCAAUCAGAUUCAGGGCCGAGUCAUAUGUGCCCUAGCUAAGGCUCUUCGACGUAUUCCCUGACUGAAACUUGGGAUGCCGCCCUCACGGUCCCGAAGGCACUUUCUUCUGGCUGCUGACUUCUUUCAAUUCCUUCUCCAGUAGUUCUGUGCAGAAUAUACAAUUCUACCCACUGCCAUCCAUCUUCUUUUUCCUUUCGAGACCGGGCCUGAAAAUCGUGGUAGCCAGGGUCUCAAUGAUAUUCCGCGAUCUACCUCAUUUGGGGGUGUCUGAUCAGCAACCACUGCCUUUGCUUUUUCAACCAGUAUGCGAAUUCCCACCCGGUAGUCGUAAAGAUAAAUUUUUAGCAUAGGGGGCUGUAGAGUCUAAAUAUAUAAAGCAGCAUUUUAUUUUGUCAAGUAAGACCGUUCGUGGUGAGGACUCCUUCCUGCAUUUUUGCGUGUUUGAACCUUUAUGCGCUUAUGUUUCUCACCUAUCAUCUGUUUUUUUUUCGUUAGUGCUCCCUUUUCUCGGCCGACAUUAACUUACGGAAGCUUGUCCGCCCUAAUGUAUCGGCGAAAUACCUUCCAGUCGCCAAAGAGGAUAUUUUAAACGACCUCACCUACUUAAUCAAGAGGCGUGGACCCAAACCUCCUCGCUGGUUCACUCUAUGA